GAUGUCAUCCUCUUCAUCAUCAUCAUCGACUUCAUCAUUAUCGUCGACCUCAUCAUCACCAUCAUCCACUUCAUCAUCAUCGUCGACUCCAUCAUCACCAGAGUCUUUAUCGUCAUCAGAGUCAUUGUCUUCGUCACAAAUCACGUCAUCAGAGAAGCCAUCACAUUCGUACAUCGCCUUGAUAUCGAUGUCUAUUUUAAAUUCACCAGAGAAGAAAGUUCUUCUAGGAGAUAUAUAUCAAUAUAUCAUGGAUAAUUUUCCGUAUUAUAACAACAAAGAGAAGGCGUGGAGAAACAGUAUUAGACAUAAUUUAUCUUUAAAUGAAUGUUUUAUUAAAAGUGGAAGAGCUGAUAAUGGUAAAGGUAAUUUUUGGUCCAUACAUCCAGCUUGUAUUGAAGAUUUUUCACGUGGAGAUUUUCGUCGUCGUCAGGCCAGAAGAAGGGCCAGAACAAAUACCAUGGCAGAAAUGAAUUUGAGUGAACUACCUAGGAGUUACCAGUUUAAUAUUGGAUAUGUUCCCAUGACAACGUCAACAUUACCAUUUAGCUCUCCUUUCUGUUACCCG